AUGAUCCAGACCGUCCCGAUCCCCGCGAGCCGCAGACGCGUCUUCGAUUCAGUCUUCUCGCCUGCAUCGCUGGAUGACUUCUCUCCGACCCCCGUCGCGACUCCGGCCCUAGACUACACUGCUGUCGGGCAACCGUUUGGAGGCGGCAUCCAGACGUAUGAUCGAACGUCACUUCCACGCCCUUCCACCGCCUCCUCGUUUCUGUCGAACGAUACGGUCCCGCUGGCCGAUGAGGUGGACAAGACGACCUGGGAUCAUGCAUGGCAGGUGGCCACGGCAUUUCUAGUACUACCAGAUGCCAAGCUCUCAUAUCUAGAAGUGUGUGGCGAGGUUGAUCAAGAAAGAUUCUUCAAGCAGUGGAACAGACAUGACCCUCCUUCGAAAGAGACGACUGAAGCGCUAGCAUAUCUCCUGGGAGCGUCCUCCGCGGGUAGACAGAGCUCUGGAAUCACAUUCGAACGCCCAGAUUUGCUAGAAUGGUAUGGCAAUGAGACGCGACGACAUUUCCUCAAGAAUUUCCGGGAAGGACUGCUUCUGCUCUUGCGUGCCACCGAGAUCGGCGAUGCUCUACAAAAAACGGUACAGUACCUACAUCUGGCACGGACAAUAUACCUCGCCCCCGUGGUAGAGCAUAUCCUUCCACUGCUAGAUACGAAGGCGCAGGAAAAGAGCUUUGGGGCAUUUCAGGAGGGGUUCCAUGCUGUUGUAGCGUACUCGCUCCCAUGGAAUACACUCUCGCCAUUACUCGCGCAAGAAGUCACAAAGGAAGCCUUCAUCAUUCUAGGGAUCGACACUCUGGCUACUACGGAUGACGACGAAAACGAUAUGGAGGUGGACCGACAGUGCACAAUAUCUUACCUGGAAUGGCGAGAGGAGCCAUCUGACGAAGUGAGGAUGCAUAUGAUGGCGGAGAAUGAUGACGCACAAGUCACUGCUGCCCGCGACCGGUUACUGUCCUUGUUUAAUGGACUGCAGCUUGUGGGACUGGGCGGCGACCGGGCGCAAAAGGUCUUUGCCAGCGUAAUGGAUGCUCUGUUGACCGAAUUCACCCGAGAGGCAUACACUGGUCAGUGGGAGGGCCCCAGCUUGGUCGUUCACCAUCUUCGCCAAUGGAUCGAGAAUGUUUUUGCCCGCUUGGUGGUGCAAGUGCUGGCUAUCAUCCACCCGCCCGAGCAGGGAUCCCAGGCCUCGGACAGAUUAUCCAUCAGCUUAAGCACGGUGGAGAGAUGGCAGGAAUCAGGGAUUGCUCGCCUGGGUGCACUUCGCACGGGUGAGUUAUUUGACGUGAUCGUCGACUGGCCAGCCAGUAGCGGCGCGAUCGAGGAUCUGCGGCACUUCACCACGCACCCUGCUGCAAGGCUAUAUGUGACGCAGACAUUCAUCACAGCGCUCAACCAACGGUUGCUCCACCCUGGCGCAUCGACAGUGGAGAUCUUGCAGGUGUAUAUCUCCAUUAUUCGGGGCUUCACCCUCCUCGAUCCGAAAGGUGUGCUAUUGGACCGUAUUGCUCGCCCGAUCCGACGGUAUCUGCGCGACCGGGAUGAUACAAUCAAGGCGAUUGUUGGUGGUCUGUUGGCCGAUCCGGACGAAGCAGAUGAGCAAGUACAGCCAGCAGCAGGUUCCUCGGCCGACGAGACGCUGGUUGAGUUGUCCGCUGAGCUGGCCAAGGCACACCGAUCCUCGCUACAGCGUGCCGACUCAGGCGAGCUCGAUUGGGACGAUAUGAACUGGAUGCCGGACCCUGUCGACGCGGCGCCGGAUUAUCGCAAGUCGAAGAGCUCUGAUGUCAUCGGGAGCUUGAUCAGUCUCUUCGAGUCCAAGGAGGCGUUUGUCAAGGAGAUGCAGCAGAUGCUUGCCGACCGCUUGCUCCGAAAACGCGGGGACUUUGAACAGGAGCUCUCUGUGGUGGAGUUUCUCAAGGUCCGCUUCGGUGAUUCCGCCCUGCAAGCUUGCGAGGUCAUGCUGCGUGACAUCUUCGACUCGAAACGGGUCGACGCCUCGGUGCGCAACGACCAGAGGCUCGCCCAGGAACCCGACCCGGGGGUGGAUCAACCGGAGCUGCACGCAAAAAUCCUCUCGCGCUUCUUCUGGCCAGAACUCCAGCCGCUGGAGUUUAAGGUUCCCGAACCUGUCGCCGUGCAGCAGCAGCAGUACGCCGAGGGGUUCGAGUCGCUUAAGCAGUCUCGCAAGCUCACCUGGCACAACGGGCUGGGGCAGGUCACUGUGGAGCUGGAUCUGGAGGACCGCGUGUUUGUCGACCAGGUCACCACCUGGCAGGCGACCGUCAUCUAUGCUUUCCAGUCGUCAUCCUCCGCGCUGGCAGUUGAGGAUCUUUCGCAGGAACUCGCCAUGUCGGCCGCGCUGGUCCGCAGCGCGUGUCUCUUCUGGGUCAGCAAGCGGAUCCUGACCGAGGUGCAACGCGACCACUUCUGCGUGCUGGAAGUGUUACCGUCCGAGACGGAUGAGAAUGCUGCUACGGGUGGUAGCCACCCGGUCGAUGCCGGACAGGACAGCGAGGAAGCAGAUCGCUCAGCGGCGACAGCCAACGCGGCGGCAGCAGCGGAUGCAGCGGCCGCCGCCGCUGCAAAGGAGACGGCAGACGCGGCUGCGAUGGAGAAGAUGAAUCUGUACUGGCAGUUUAUCAUGGGGAUGUUGACGAACCAAGGGGCGAUGCCGCUGCAGCGGAUCGUCAUGAUGCUGAAGAUUGCCGUGCCGGGCGGGUUCCCCUUCAGCAAUGAAGAGCUGCGCGAGUUCCUGGCUGGCAUGGUGAACAAGGGCAAGCUGGAGAUUGUCAGUGGGGGGAAUUAUAAGAUCAUCCGGGAUGCUUAG